UAUCGGAAUAAUUAGUUAUAAUCGCUCUUUGACACCGCUGUCCCUUCUGCAUUCUACAUCUGCAAGUAUUACCCAUGGCUGACGACAAGGUUAUGUCUUCUGUCUCAGCUGAUGAGGGCAUGGAGGAAACUAACGCUGAUCUGGCGCCUCUGCAGACCAACGAAGCUCUUGGUGAACCUUAUAACAACGGCGGCAUGGAUGAUGACUUCGAUUAUGGGGACGAAGUCGGCAAGGAGGUUCCGCUAACGGAUGACGGAGGUCUGAUCAAGAAGAUUAUCACAGCUGGAGAAAGCUGGGAGACCCCGGAGGCGGGCGACGAAGUGACAGUUCACUACGUGGGCACUCUGGAGGAUGGCUCGAAGUUCGACAGCAGCAGGGACCGGGAUGAGCCCUUCGUGUUCACCCUGGGACAAGGUCGUGUCAUCAAGGGUUGGGACCUGGGGGUGGCCAAGAUGAAGAAGGGCGAGACGGCGCUGCUCAUCUGCAAGCCCGAGUACGCGUACGGCGCCCAGGGCAGCCCGCCGAAGAUUCCGCCAAACGCCACUCUUCAUUUCGAGGUUGAGCUGCUGAGCUGGCGAAGUGUGAAGGAUAUUGCCGGCGACGGCGGCGUCAUCAAGACGGUGUUGACGGAGGGCUCGGGGUGGGCGACCUGCGAGGACCAGUUCGAGGCCAAGGUGUCGUACACUGCCCGGGUGUCCGGCUCCGAAACCCCUUUCGCCACCAGCGACGACACUCUGUUCACCGUCAGCGAGGGCCACCUGAUUCCUGCCGUACGAGUUGCACUCAAGACGAUGAAAAAGGGCGAGAAGGUUGCCUUGAAGGUCAAGCCGGCAUAUGGUUUCGGGGAGGCGGGCAGCGAGCAGUACGGCGUACCCCCCAACGCGGACUUGGAGGUGGAGCACUUGACCCCGGGCGGAGGCGUGGUGAUGAAGACACUGCUGUCCAACGACAAGGAGUUCCGGAAGCCCAACGAGGGCGCCAAGGUCACUGUACGGCUCGUCGGUGAGGUGCUUCCGAAUGGCCCGGUGUUCGUGCGCCACGAGGAGGGCUCCGAGCUGGUGUUCACGACGGGAGAGGAGCAGGUGUGCGAGGGUCUGGAGGCAGCUGUGAUGAAGAUGAAGGAGGGUGAUAAGGCGCUCGUCACCAUCAACGACCCAGCCCAGGGCUACGGUUUCGAAACCGAGUACGCGGGGCCGCUGGCCGUGGUGCCACCCGGAAGUGCUCUGCAGUUCGAUGUGGAGCUCGUCCAGUUUGAGAACUCGAAGGAGUCCUGGGAGAUGAAUGACCAGGAGAAGGUGGAGGCCGCCAGACAGCGCAAGGAAAAGGGCAAUUUCUACUUCAAGGCCGGCAAGGUGUUCAAGGCAAAGUCCCUGUGGGAGCGCGCUGUCAGCCUCGUGCAGUAUGACAAGAGCUUCCCAGACGAUGCAAAGCAGGCUUCCCGCGACAUCAAGCGAAGCUGCUGGCUCAAUAUGGCUGCCAUCGAUGUCAAGCAGGCGCAUUGGAAGGAUGCGCUCAAGCACUGCAGCAGCGUUUUGGAGAUCGACAGCCAGAACGUCAAGGCUCUAUACCGGCGGGCUCAGGCUCAAAUGGGACUACAGGACCUGUUUGAGGCGGAACAAGACCUGAAGAAGGCCCUUGACUUGGAACCCAACAAUGCAGAUGUGCUGGCCUUGAUGCGGAAGCUCAAGGUUGCUGUUCGGGAGCAAAACAAGAAGGAGGCGUCGAUGUAUUCCAAGAUGUUCAAGUUCCCAGCCAAGGCCUCGAAAGCUGCGCCGGCAGCGGAGGGAGGCCACACGCCGAUGGUGGUGGCUGACCAGCCUGUCGCGCCAGCGGCGGCGACGGUGGAAGCGACGGGAGAGGAUGCUGCUGUGCCGGCGGCGGAGUCCGUUACGGUGGUACCUGCUGAGGCGGAGAUGGCUACUGCGUGAUUUUUACCUUCUGUGAAAAACUAAAUCAAACUUUCAAGCGCCAUGCGAAGGGCGACCUCCAGCUGCGUUACCUUCCCCCAAGUCUACUGCUGCCCUCUUUUUUAAACUCUCCGAUACUCUCUCCGCUACGAUAAGUAGUGAGGAGUGAAACAGAACAAGGGCCUAAGCCGACGGGAAGAAAGCCCGGGGACUUCCUUAGAUCGCCACCUAGGAGGGGGGGAAGGGAGCGGCCAAUGUCGCCGAUUGGGAGUGAGCACGGGAGUCUGGUUGUGCAUUGACUUCUGCUGCUUAGAGGCGGCGGCGGCGCUCGAGACUAUCUGAGUACUGGCGAGUGAAUAUUUGUAGUCGUUCGCUAAACUGUGCUUUGGGGUACCGUGUACGACAUGUCCCCAGGUAUAUGCAGUCUAGGCACUCCAAAAGUAAUUACGUAGGUUGGCGUUUCAGAGCCCCCCACACUGCGGUGCUUGUCGUACCUUUAAAACGGUACAUGUAGGUAUAAGAACGACCUUCGUUUGGCCGCAAGUCUUUUGGUGCUUCUACGCAAAAAUAGGCGAAUACCUGCCCUUCAAAAGUGCAUGGGCCUUGAAAGUGCUGGACGGUCGCACCGAAGAUGCGUGUAGGUGCGGUCAUCCUGGGCCCUAAGCAUGGUGAUGGGGGUGGGGUAAAACGUGCGCGCGCGUGUGUGGUGGUGUAUACGUGUGUAAUUGCAUAUGUGUGUGUGUAAUUGCAUGUGUGUGUGUGUGUGUGUGUGUGUGUUAUCCAAAAUGCACGUGCAUGAGCGUGAGAAGACGGGCUUUUAUUCUUCUGAUUAUGCACGAGGGAUCUGUUGAUGCUAGGAGCGAAGCCUUGCACGACCCGGAAUUUUGUUGAGCUACUGCUUUCCGUGGAGUACGGGCUGCUACAUGUGGAUGCCUAUGACAAUGCAAAUCUUAAACACAGCUGGCGAGUAAAUAUUUCCUGUGGAGCAGCGUUAGUUAUACGUAGGGGAGCUGUUGACGUGCGACUACUGCAGGCGUCCUAUGGCAUGAUUUCAGCCCAUGUAACUAAGGACUGAAG